AUGGCUCACAUACGUUCCGAGUCCGCAUCGACAGUGGCGUCGCAUGCGACUGCUCGCAGUGACACCGGUUCCGAUUACAUUGAGAAAGCCAGCGAUGGCGGUGAGCCCGACUUCUAUGGAGAGACCGAGGAAGAGCGCACUCAGAAGAAGCUCAACCAGGUCAUCAUGCAAUUCUACAAGAAGGCGACGCUCACAGUGCUAUCCGCACGAACCCAGCUUCCGAAGGCUUUCAGUGCCAGGGGUGAGCUUCGUCAGAGCAAAUGGUUUAGCCUUCUGCUCGAUGAAACGGACGCCUACAACGACGAUCUGCGGGAAUGGACAGCGACCGACCUCGUCAACAGCCCGCCACCUCCUCUCUGCAUCGAGGUAUACCUGGAUACAAAGGAUCUGGGGGAUGGCGAGGCUCUAGCCAUUGUAGAUGAGCAUGGAAAGCUCUGGGAUGUAGCUGAGGCGUUGAGCGGAUCUACUCCGGCGUCAGCUCGACCAGCCAGCCGCUCUGGCCGACCUACCCAGGUUGUUCUGGAACGAUGGAACGUCGAAGUCACGGACUACCAGAAGAUGGAUCCCGAUGCCAGCAGGAUGUUGCCGCUUGUCUACAAGAACGGGAUUCCACUGUUCCGCUCAUUGUACACUUAUACGAGGUUUCUACCUGCAUGGAGAUACUACAGGCAGAUUGCUAAACAGCCUACGACACAUCCCAUGUUGCCGCUGAGAUACCGCAUUUCGAACGGCAUGUUCAAGAGCCCACGAAGAGACACUCUGGACCUCCCGCUUUACCCAGGCGCUGAUUCCAAGGCACAGUCGCACCAGUUCGAUUCGGUCAAGUCACCUAUUGGCCUCCUAGGUAUUCAAGUCCAGUACAGGGGCAAUACUGAUUUCCGCGUGGAGAAGUCUGAGUCUGUACUGAGCUCCCAUUUCAUGGGCAUGGACGACUACUCCUUUUCGCCUUCCUAUCCCGAGCGUGUCCCCGGAUCAUUGCCCACAGGUAGAAAUGCCCAGACGGACAUGCAUGGGCGGGGUGAGGCUUAUGGAAGCUUGUCUACGUUUCACCAGGCGGGGGCCACUGGAACAAGUCCGAUGUCAGCCCUUCGUAACGCCAAGGAUAUGGGUUCGCCUGAAUCGCCGCCCCAGAAGAUUCCACCCAAUCACCGCAUCGCAACCGGAUCCAAGUCUUCCCUUCGAGGCGGCGUAGAUCCCAGCAGUCCUGCUUCUCCCCGCAGGACAUCGGUGUCGUUCCAUCCCGCGAAUCCCUUCAAGGCAGGAUCGCUGUCUUCUUCUCCUGUACCUGGUGUCUAUUCGCCCGCCACAUCACUAGGAAGGCCCGGCUCCGGCCAUGCAGCUCUUGGUCACACGCGAAACAGAAGCUCGCUGAACGCGCUUCCUCAGACAGCAUUGAGGACACCAACCGGACAUUCGCUCCCCAACGAAACAGCCAUCGCAUCUUCAGCAUCUAGCUCUCCGAAACCCGCGCCGAUCUCGCGCUACAGCAGCAGCUUUAGCAAUCGCCGCAACAGGCCCUCAUACGGAGGCACUUCCAGCAAGGUCGAGGAUGAUAACAACAGUAGCGGAAAGGGCAGCGCUUCCUCGUCUGCACAGCGACUGGAGGGAGGAAGCUCAGGUUCAGUGCAGACAGACGAGGAGAACAUUUCAGACUUUCUGAAACUGUUGGAGCAGAAGAAAGAUUUGAAGAGCUUGAACCGUACAGAUUCUGCGUCUCGUGAUGCUUCUAUGCGGCGCACGACGGCUGCAUUGUCAAAGUACCAACGCAUGCGCGAAUCGAACGCCGCGCUCUCUGACUCCAUCUCCUCCUCUUUGCAUUUGCACCGCUCUUCUAGUUCUUCAAGCCGACAGAUCUCGAAUGUUCCUGGAAUGAUCGCCGGCGCAUCAGUCUCCACUUCUUCUAGCCCCGGAAAGCCUAUUUCUCCGCAUACGCCCCACACUCCUGCCAUUCCUUCUCGUCUAAGUGCGAACAGCAUCAUCGAUUACUCUGAACAGACCCGGAGCCGUAGUCCGCGGAUUCGUCGACUCGAAGAAGAGACCGGAACUGGCGAUACUGGCAGUGACUCGACGACUCGUGACCGCGAAGGAUCCAAUGCCAUCGAUAUUCCCACAUCGCCUCGUCCUUGGGCUUACGCCCGCCGCAGCUCUUCAGUCAGCCAGCAGAAUCGCAACACCCUUGAAGACGAGACCGAAAUGUUUGGCUUGCGUAGUGCAAGCCUGCCGACCGACGACCGACCGGAUUUGAGCCUCAGCGAAUUGCUGCAUGCUGGAGUACAAGAUCCUGCUACUCCUGCAAAUUCCGCUCCUGCUGGCGGAGACGAGGGUGCUGCUGAUCCCGAGCCGAGCCCACAAACGGUUUUGACAAGCCACACUCGCACUCACUCUGCCGGAGCAGCUCGGACGACAACCCCUAGCCUUGCGUACCGCACCCGUGUUCAGCAAAACGGACCCAGUGACGGAAGGCGCAGCGCUGCAUCCGAGCGUGGUGAGAGCGAUAGUGGUCUCGUAAGCGGACGGAGCAGCCGGGCUGGCAGUCGUUUCAGCUUCUCAUCUAGGCCCCUCAGCGUGGCCGCCAACCUGGACGAUGAUGAGCCAUUGCUAUUCACCAUGAGCGAGUUGGGCACCCACCAGGCCGGACGCAGAAGUGUGGAUGAGGUGAGGGAUAGUGCAAGCAGGAGGAGAGGGGGUAGCCCAUGGAGGGGAGCGUAA